AGGCAGGUCUUUCCAGUAAGGCAGGUGCUCCGCGCGCUUCGGCAUUUGCAUAAAGUCCAGGAAGUUUAGAUCAUUUUGUCUCGCGCAGAAACACCAGGACACCACACUCGAGCGCUGCUUCACAACAACAACGUGGAAAAAUAAGGCGAGAAUAGUUCAGGCUACACUAGUUACUCUGUUAGUAUGUCAACAUCAUGAGUUUUGUGUGGUGGAAAGCGGUUUUUUUGCUCGUCUUUCUGUCUGAAGCCUCAUGUCUUCGCGUUUUAAACGCCUCCUCUCUGAGCUGUGCAGUCGAGGAGGUGGUGUGUACAGCUGAGAUUAAUAAAUGCUUCUACAAAGAAUGGAUGGAACAGCAGGAUUACACUCCCACUGCGCCGGUGGACCUGAAGGUGCACUGGGACAUCAGGAUGGACGAGAAUGGGGCCUUGGUGCCAGUGAUUGUGGCCCAAUGGAAAGUGAUGGACGAUGGGAGCAUUCGAGAUUUGAAAGGAGCUGAGUUUCAAGUGGCAAAGGUAGACACUAGUGAACACUUUUGUAUCCAUUACACGUUUCUCCAGCAGCUUCCGGGUAUGAGGAAUCCCAAAGGUGAACAGUGGUCUUUGUCUGUGGAUCGAAUGGUUGUUGACCCGGGCUUCACAUACUUUGUGUCUGUUGCCAACCUCCCCAAGCCAAAUUUAGGCUACACCAACUACAACAUCAACAAAACUAUUAUUGUCCCAAAUUGCAGUAAGCCUCCCAUGAAGUGGACCAAAGUCUGCACUGACACAGGAGCGUUUUGGCAACCCAAUAUUACCAUGGAGCGCACAGCACCAGAUGGCAGGACACUCCUCAUUUCCUUCAACACAGGAGAGCUUUCUGAAAGAUAUCAUGUCUUUGUGAAAUGUGGGGAAGACGGACAAAUCAAAACGAUCCUCAACAAGGACAACAAGUCAUUCCUAAAUGUUACAUUUAACCUUGAGGCCUGGCCACAGACAUGCUGCGAUUUCAACGUUCAGAUCCAGCCGUUCUUUCAGAAGUGUAGAAAUGACUGUCACCGGAAGAACCGUGGCUUUUACAUAUGCCCAAAGCAAGACAUCCCCUGCAAAGAACCCAAGAUUUGGCUGAUUUUUGCUGCUCUCUUUCUCCUCUUCUGUGGUCUUGUUGUUUUUGCUGCUUGUUUGUGCUGCAGGAGGCAGCAGAAGGGUGAAAAAAUACAACCUGUUAAACCCACAAAUGGCGUGGUCCAUCCAAUUCCAGCUCCUGAGCGUUCAGUGCUGAUCAUCUAUUCUAGAGACCACCCUAAGUAUACUGACAUAGUACUAAAGCUCUCUGCCUUCUUGAGGGCCAAAUGCGGUGUAGAGGUCUACCUGGACCUACUGGACACAACCUCAAUCGGAGUCAUGGGUCGCCUGCCGUGGACCGAACAACAGAAGCGACUGAUAGAGCAAACCUCCAACAAGGUGCUGGUCCUUUGUUCAAGAGGAGUGCAAGCAAAGUGGGGGGCCAUGUGUGGGGCACCCCAAGUUCGCUUACGGGAAGACGUCCUCUCAUCAAUGGGGGACAUGCUGACCCUCGCCUUGCAACUUAUUACCCCCGAUAUGCAACGCCCUGCCUCAUACGGCAAGUAUGUGGUGGCAUACUUCGAGGAUGUAAGCGGGGAGCAUGAUGUUCCGUCCAUGUUUGACUUGGCGGUCAAGUACAAGCUUAUGAAGCACUUCGAAGAGCUUUACUUCCGAAUACUGGAUCUGGAGAAGUAUCAGCGAGGGAAGAUACACACCAUCAAAGGCAUUGGCAUUGAUGAGUACUUCAACUGCCCAUCAGGCAAAGCCUUGAGGGAUGCAAUAGAAGUCUUCCAAGCCUACCAACUGGAGAAUCCAGACUGGUUUGAGAAAGAGUGCCUUGACAGUGAAGACGAGGAGCUGGCCGUGGCAAGCAACCCUUUUCUUGAUCAGUGCACCCUGCCGAUCCUUACGUGUGAGCCUGUGCUCAACAGCGGACCCCCUGUCUUUGAGCACGGGGUUGAGAUGCACAAAGUGGAAAUGACUGAAAGUAUAUGUACUCCUGAAAUACCCCUUCUGAACCUAGACUUUGUAGAACCACCUGUGCUGGGUAUCCAAUCAGCGCACAGUCAAGUUUGUUCCCCCUUUCCAUCUGUGGAACCUGCCAUAUUCCCAGCUGAUGUGUACCUUCCUGUCUUAGAGAGUCAACCCUGCAUCUUGGCUGAACCUGCACUACAGGAACCUUUACUGUCCAACAGAAAUUAUGUGUUUGCAAAGGGGGAAUCACAAGCAGACAACUGCUCUGUGGAAGAUGUGGAUGCCCUCCAGCAACUGAUGCAGCUUCAGCUUUCCCUGGCAUCCUGCGAGGUGCUAGCUCCUCCACCCUCAAUGGACGAUCACAACCAGCCAGAGGAGGUGGAGGAAAGUGAGAUGGAAGAGGCUUCGGGAAAGAGACAGUCUAGAUGGUCAGAUCAGGGAUACAGUUCCAGAGGCUCUUUUGUAAGGGAAGAAACUCAUCCAUCCCCCCUUGCUGCUCUGGCCAAGUUACAAGAAAUUCUCUACAUAAACAGUCCCAUCUCAUCUGGCUUCUGCACAGAGACGAUGGACAGCUGAUGUACUUGUCAUUGUAAGAUAUGAUAGACACUUGGGGCCCUUAUCAGAAAAUAAUGCAUUGUAUGGGAACAUUUUUGCUCAAGGUACAAUGUAAAUACACCCUCAGAAGUUCAACAAUUGUCUUAAAGGGGAGUUUCACUGAUGUUUCAACAUUUGUCCAUAUUACAUGGUUAAGAUGUAAACCAAGCAUAUCAAACUGGAGACAUUCCGGGCCUAGGUGCUGCAGAGAUUAGUGUUGACCCUCACUUAAUGCUCUGAAUUCAGUUCAGGAAGGUUUGGUAAUUAGCUGAUGAGCUGAAUCAGGCGCAUUUAAUGACGAGUGUACUGAAGCAUGCAGCAUUUAGGCCUGCAAGCACUGGAUCAUGACAUGUGAUAUAAACAAAGGCAGUCAGAGAGGCUUGAUAUGAAAUGCUCCGUUCUAGAGAAAUUGAGAUAAUUAUUAACAGUGGCGGUGAUGGGAACCAGAUGUCUGAAGUGUUUAACACCUCAAAAAGCUCCAUUACAGUACGUUUUUACAUAAAAAGGUUAUGAACGGUGGGUUUACACUAAUAUGCUGGCAUUAUAUGAAAUGUUAAUGAAUAUGAAUUUGUGUUGUAGGCGUCACAACUUGUAGUUACUAUCACCACAACUGUAUAGAAAUCUAAUUUAAAUUUCUCUACAAGGAACCACUGCAUAUCAAACCACUCUGAGUUGUUUUGUUUGAAUUGAAUGAUAGAAUUAUGUAGAAAUAUUGGUGGAAACCUCCUUUAAAUUAAAGUUGUGUACCUUAAAUGAGUUUUUAAAGUAUAUUGCAUUUAUGUUCCCACAUUUUAGAAUAGAAGGAUAAAAUAAACAUACUGAAGUUGAGACAGAUUGUAUGGAGUCAA